GCGUGUACUACGACUGCAACCGUGUGCCCGUUGAAGAAUUUCAUGUUGUUAAACCAUGGCUAUGACUCGUGGUUGAAUAAGUGGAAAGUGUUCUACAGGAAUUUGUUGAUACAUCUGAGUUAAACCAUGGAAACUAAAAUUGUUCAGGAGAUUUGGCCAACUGAAUUGGGAGGAGCCCCUUAUGGCCUGACUGUUGUUGCCGUUUCAGCUGUGAUUUUUUACGUGUUAUCGCUUUUCUCCCAACAUCUUACACCAUCGGGGCUAGGAAAGAAAAUCAUAUGGAAGUGGAAAAACAUAGCCACUUCGUUUGUUCAUUCAGUUUUAAGCGGAACAUGGGCAUGUGUUUGCUUUUACGUGAAGCCGGAAAUGGCAGAGGAUUUAAUUUCCACCUACGACACGUUUGCACACACGCUGAUUGCCGUUUCUGUAGGUUAUUUCAUUUACGAUAUGUGGGACAUGUUGGUGAAUCAGAGGACUCGUCAGUCCUACGAGCUGAUGGGACAUCAUGUUGUGAUUGUUGUGUGUUUUUCCAUUGCCAUAGUAACAAGAAUAUAUGUGGGAUAUGCUGUGGUGGCUCUUCUAAUUGAAAUCAACAGUAUUUUCUUACACCUUAGACAACUGAUGUUAAUAUGUGGCAUCUCAAAACACAACAGUUUCUAUAGAUUUAAUAGUGUUGUAAAUUUAGGUACAUUUAUUGUGUUCCGGAUAUCGGUGAUGGCAUGGAUGAGCCGUUGGAUAUUAAUUAACAAGGACCUCAUCCCUUUGGUGUUCUACUCACUCGGCAGUCUGGGACUCGCUAUUCUCACCAUAAUGAAUAUUAUCCUCUUUUAUCGCCUCUUACAAAGUGAUUUUAUUCACAAGAAGGACAGGUGCAAACAGGAGGAAUAGUUUCCAUGGCAAUCUGUAAUUGCUUUUCUCUGCUUAGAGACACAUUUUAGUGUGUACUAGUUAUUAGCAAUCAUAUUUGGUUGUUAUAGCAACUGAGUCCUAUGCUAAUUGAUGCCAGCAUAUUAAGACCAUUUGAGGUUGACAGAAUGUUGUCAUGGUUACCUGUAUGUUUCAUUAGAUAACAAAUAAUUGAACAGAUAGCAGCCUUACUGCCUAGUUUUCUAGUGAGAUACCGUAUAUAUUUAGAUGUAUUUGUUACAGUAUGGAACACAGUUGUAAAGUAUUAUAUGAAAUCAAUAUUUAUAGAAGCUUUAUUGAUACACACUGUAUUUUAUUAUCCCUGUACGUCAGCUGUUUUACCAGAUACUGCUUACAUGUAUGUAUUUAUUAGCCUUAUGACUGACAAUCAGUUUCUCUCAUUAUUCAGGUACAGUAUCAUCUAUUUAUUACAGCAUCUACAAGUUCACUACUACAAUACAGGGACAUAUUACCAAUUGUCACACAGCUUCUAUAAGUUUACUCCAACAGUAGGGGGAAAUAGCACCAAUUGUCACACAGUUUCUUAAAGUUUACUCCAACAGUACAGGGAAAUAGCACCAAUUGUCACACAUCACACAGCUUCUUUAAGUUUACUCCAACAGUACAGGGACAUAGCACCUAUUGUCACACAGCUUCUUUAAGUUCACUCCAACAGUACAUGGAAAUAACACCUAUUGUCACACAGCUUCUUAAAGUUCACUCCAACAGUACAGGGAAAGAACACCAAUUGUCUCACAGCUUCUUAAAGUUCACUCCAACAGUACAGGGAAAUAACACCAAUUGUCACACAGCUUCUUAAAGUUCACUCCAACAGUACAGGGAAAGAACACCAAUUGUCUCACAGCUUCUUAAAGUUCACUCCAACAGUACAGGGAAAGAACACCAAUUGUCUCACAGCUUCUUAAAGUUCACUCCAACAGUCCAGGGAAAUAACACCAAUUGUCUCACAGCUUCUUAAAGUUCACUCCAACAGUACAGGGAAAGAACACCAAUUGUCUCACAGCUUCUUAAAGUUCACUCCAACAGUCCAGGGAAAUAACACCAAUUGUCUCACAGCUUCUUAACGUUUACUCCAACAGUACAGGGAAAUAGCACCAAUUGUCACACAUCACACAGCUUCUUUAAGUUUACUCCAACAGUACAGGGACAUAGCACCUAUUGUCACACAGCUUCUUUAAGUUCACUCCAACAGUACAUGGAAAUAACACCUAUUGUCACACAGCUUCUUAAAGUUCACUCCAACAGUACAGGGAAAGAACACCAAUUGUCUCACAGCUUCUUAAAGUUUACUCCCACAGUACAGGGAAAUAGCACCUAUUGUCACACAGCUUCUUAAAGUUCACUCCAACAGUACAGGGAAAUAGCACCUAUUGUCACACAGCUUCUUUAAGUUCACUCCAACAGUACAUGGAAAUAACACCUAUUGUCACACAGCUUCUUAAAGUUCACUCCAACAGUACAGGGAAAGAACACCAAUUGUCUCACAGCUUCUUAAAGUUCACUCCAACAGUCCAGGGAAAUAACACCAAUUGUCUCACAGCUUAUUAAAGUUCACUCCAACAGUACAGGGAAAUAGCACCAAUUGUCACACAUCACACAGCUUCUUUAAGUUUACUCCAACAGUACAGGGACAUAGC